AGUCAGUCCCCCUCCCCCCAUAAAUAUAUUAUCUUCACCGUUUUUUUUUUCAGUGGAGAAUUCAAGAAGCAAAAAGAGCAUCAUCAAGAAGUUGGCUAGAAAACAACAGUAGAUAUGAAUAUCAUCACCAUCUUGUAUUCCGCAGCUCUUUACUUCCUCAUUUGGUUAUGCAUUUAUGUUCUAACCUCCAAACUAAGGUCCAGAAAAUCAGCCAAACUUCCUCCAGGGCCUUUUCAGUUUCCAAUCAUUGGAAAUCUCCAUCAGAUUAGCAAGAAGCCUCAUCAAUCAUUUGCAAAACUGUCAAAAACUUAUGGCCCUCUUAUGUCUGUUAGGCUAGGAAGAAAGCACACUAUUAUUGUAUCAUCAGCUGAAGUUGCCAGAGAAGUUUUGCAGAAAAAUGAUUCAAUUUGCUCCACCCGUUCUGUACCCAAUGCCGCCGAAACGCUCGAUCACAACAAAUUCUCAAUGGCCUGGCUUCCACCUUCAACCCAGUGGCGAAACAUGCGUAAAAUGUGCAGAGAGCAAGUCUUUUCGACGCAGAGACUUGAUUCGAGCCAGAGCCUUCGUCAGGAAAAACUGAAAGAAUUGCGGGAUUAUGUGAAUAGUUGCAGUAACAGCUGGAAAUCAGUCGAAAUUGGUGAAGCUGCCUUCAUAACAUCACUCAAUCUAAUGUCUCGGACUCUGUUUUCGGUCGAUUUUGCUAAUUAUGAUAGCGAUUCAACUCAAGAAUUGAGGGAUGCCGUUUGGGGCGUGAUGAAAAACGUCGGCGCUCCUAAUCUUUCUGAUUAUUUCCCCGUCCUUCGCCUGAUUGAUCCACAAGGGAUUAUGCGUAGCGCCAGGACGAGCUUCCAGAAUCUGUUCGACAUUUUCGAUCGUUUGAUAAAUGAACGGAAACUUGUCGUUGGAGGGUCGUCAGAGAUGAAGAAGAAUGAUUUGUUGGAAGCCCUUUUGGAUGAAAACAUCAAGAAUGAGUCUGAAUUCAGCAUCGAUGUCCUGAAACAUCUGCUUCUGGAUUUAUUUGUGGCUGGAAUAGACACAACUUCAUCAACAGUUGAAUGGGCAAUGGCAGAAUUACUGCGAAGCCCAAAAUGGAUGGAAAAAGUCAGGAAAGAACUCAAGCAAGUCAUUGGAGAAGAAGGAGUAGUUCAAGAAUCAGACAUUUCCAGGCUCCCGGACUUGCAAGCCGUCGUUAAAGAAACUUUUCGGCUUCAUCCUGCAGCCCCAUUUCUAGUUCCUCAUAAAGCAACUGAAGAUGUUGAGAUCAAUGGUUACACGGUGCCGAAAAAUACAGAGAUAUUGGUCAAUGCAUAUGCUGUAGGAAGAGAUGAAAGGACCUGGUCUGAACCCGAAAUGUUUAAGCCGGAGCGAUUUUUGGAUAGCGAAAUCGAUGUGAAAGGGAAGCAUUUCGAGCUCAUUCCAUUUGGUGGCGGCAGAAGAAUAUGUCCUGGACUUCCUCUGGCUUAUAGGAUGGUACACCUGAUGUUGGCUUCUUUGAUUCACAACAUUGACUGGAAACUUGAAGGGGAAAUUAGGCCACAAGAUUUGGACAUGGAUGAAAUGUUUGGGUUGACAAUACAAAAGGCAUUACCCCUCAAGGCCAUCCCAUUGAAGCUGUAAUUGAUUUCCUUGAUUGUAGUAGUUAUUUUGUAUUCCAUUCUUUUUUUAGUUAUAUGUUCUAUUUAUUGCCACUUUUUCUAUAAGUAAGCAAUGUGAACUCUUGUGCAAACAUUUUGUUGAGAAACUUCUACAUAGAGAUUUAUACCGAAUACGGAUUAUACGUCUCUGCUUACAACAUCAUGUGGAUCGAUCGUUUGGUG